CCAGGCGCAUUGAGUCACUCAGUCUGAUCUGAUCAGUAGCUGUGUUCUACUGAUUUUACUGCAACUGCCAACAUUAUCAAGAGCAGCUCACAAUUACUGCCGCAAUGACAAUGCACGCAAUUAACGCCGCUGGUCGACGGGUUUCACUCCUUAACGACGAAACUGCUUCCCAACAACAACAACAGCAGCAGCCAACGCAACAACCACCGCUCAGCUUCCACUCUCACUCCAGCUAUGCCUUCACUCAAUCAUACCCCACCCCGGGCAGCAGUUCUUCUUCGCCAAAUACUCCCGAACUUCUUCGUUCCGACUCUUAUGACUCUCAAAUGAGCAACGAUCCUCUUUCUCCUCUGACUCCCAAUGUCGACUACUAUCCUCGACAACAGGUCAUGUACACAAUUCCUCAAGACUACAACAUGGAGGCGAAGCAUGCCCAAUACGCCGAUAGCACCCGUUCAGCUUCCUACGACGCUGAGAUGGUCAGCCAGCCCCGAUCCUCGCCUAUGCCCGAGCGCCCCGGAAAGAGGUAUCCCUGCAGGUACCGCGACACUCAUGGCUGCGAAAAGACCUUCACCACCUCAGGUCAUGCCUCGCGCCAUUCAAAGAUUCACACUGCAGAGAAGGCUGUUCAAUGUACUUUUGCGGGAUGCCAGAAGAAGUUCACUCGCGCCGACAACAUGAAGCAACAUCUCGAAACCCACUUCAAGGAUAAGAGUCGCUCUUCUACUAGCCAGCGCAGCCACAGAACAUCCCUAGCUGACGCUCGUCGUAACUCUACAUCCGGGCGCCCUUCCGCGAGCCGCACAUCCUCGUCCAGAAGCCGACGCGACGCUGAUCCCUAUCCCCUUCCCACGCCCCCGCUGGCCUCACCCAGUGUUAACAGUGGAUCUUGGGAGUUGGGCGGCCGCAACUUGCCCAUUCUCAACCGCCCUGUUGCUGGCAGGACACCUAGCGGUCUGGAUGCCCUCGCUAUGGCCGUAGCAUGCCAGGAGGGCUCCGGUGUCUGAAGUGAAUAAUGCUGGAUCCCUCACCCCUGGCAUUUCUCCUUCAAAAAAAGAUUUUUUCUCAGGCAUUACUCUAUUGAUAAUCUUA